AUGGAUGUCAUCAGACCAAUUGAAUUUGAUGUUUCAAACGAACAUAUGUUCAUUUUGGUGGCUAUAGAUUACUUCACAAAAUGGGUUGAAGCCGCUUCCUAUAAGGUUGUGACUAAGAAAGUCGUAGCAUAUUUCGUUUGGGAUCGUAUUAUUUGUCGAUUUGGAGUACCUGAGUCAAUCAUUACCGAUAAUGCCGCCAAUUUCAACAGUGAUCUGAUGAAAGCCAUGUAUGAAACAUUUAAUAUCAAGCACCAGAAUUCUACAGCGUACAGGCCACAGAUGAAUGGAGACGAAGAAUCCGCCAGCAAGAACAUCAAGAAGAUAUUAAGGAAGAUGAUGGACAACUACAAUCAAUGGCAUGAAAGGUACAAUAUUCUUUGCUUGGGUACCGCACCACAGUUUGUACGUCAACUGGGGCAACACCUUAUUUACUAUUCUACGGCUGAAAGCCAAGGCCAUCGGACUCCGACUAUUUCAACCUCUCUCAGUGUGAGCAUUGUCCUAGGUUCAUCUGAAGCCUUUGGGAACUCUGACAUACUGAGAACAUUGGGGUUCAG